AUGGCGCCUCUCAUCCUCCACAACGUUCCCGACGAGGAGCUAUACAUCGGCGACGACGGCAUCAAGCGCCCUUACGCCAUGGUUUUCCCACAACAAGAAGGCCUUCCCGGUGCCAGAAAUCGACGCGGUGUCGCAGAAACAGGCUCCUUUGGCAAAUCGACGCGGCGGUCACGCUCAAGAACCGGAACACCUGCAGGCCGCCGUGAGAACCCUACUGUCGCAGCUGCCGAUAAGAUCUUUGGCGACUGGAUCUCCUCCCAAGCAAUCACCACCAAUAAUCUUGCCGCCUCGACAACAACAGGAGCCGGCACAAACUCCGCCGCCGCCGUCCCACAGCGCAAGACCUCAGGGCUCUCCCAGGCGCCACUUCUGGCCUCCGCGGCGGACGAUACACCCGCGGCCGCCGAACCACGCAUCACUCGCCAUGUGCCCACCGAAGUUAUUCUGCGUGGUUACCGCUCGCCGUCGCAGCAGUAUGCCGCCAUUUCCCACUACGAGCAGCUUGCUGGCCUCAUCUGCGAGGAUUACCCUCGCGAACCGCCCCUCGAACAGCGCCGCUACAAGUCCGAACUGCGCGACCCUGCUUUCACCCGCCGUAGAGGCCUUACCGGCGAGGAGCGCGCCAAGGUCAACCGCGCCGAUGGAGGCGAGCACUGGGUCAAGGUCACAUUUGAAUCGGCCGACGCCGCCGACGCCGCGGUCUACGCCAGCCCUCAGCGUGUGCUGGGCUACCUAGUCUAUGCCGAGCCGUACCAUGGUCUACCUCCUGCUCGCGACGAGCCCAUUCCAGACGUCGAUUCCCUUAUCACCACCCACGAGGAACACAGCCGCUCACAGUCCGUCCCGGCAGGCAGCUUUGGCACACACAGAACACCGCGCAGCAAGCACCGCACGGCGAGCAAGAGCGGUAGCAAUCCCUUUGCCAUCUCCAACAACCGCUCCAUGAGCGACCUCUCCCCGCCAACGUCCCUCACCUCCUCCAACACGAUCGAGACGGCCACCAUCUCCAACACGACCAACUCGUCCGUGACCGUCACCGAGUCGCAGCCCCAGAUGCAGGCCGAGGACAGCUUGUUUUGCCGACGCAUCCCCACCGCGCGGAAGGCCAGGCUCCUUCCCGCCGAACAGGCGUUGCUGCCGCAGCAGAGCUACACCCAACGGCUCGUUAACAUGGUGCCUUUUCUCAAGUGGUUCAGCGGCUCCAUGAUUGGCAAUGAGGUCCCUCGCACUGACAACGGCGACUUUGACUGGAACCGCGCCAGCCUGUACUGGAAGAUUAUCUGGUGGCUGGACGCGACCUUUGGGCUGUUUGGGGGUGAAAUCCUGAGUGCCGACAAGGACGACUAA